AUGGCUUCUACAACAAAAGGUCAUGAGCAAGUUCCACCAGGAGAGCCUAUGUCAAUGGGGCAACAUAUGCUAGACAAAGGGGCUCAAAUGAUGCAAUCUUUGAAACCUAUAAAGCAAAUGAACCAACAUGUGUGUACUUUUGCUAUGUACAGUCAUGAUAUGUCCCGUCAAAUUGAGACACAUCACUAUGUCACACGCGUAAAUCAAGAUUUUCUUCAGUGUGCUGUUUAUGAUUCUGAUGAAUCCACCGGACGCCUUAUUGGAGUGGAGUAUAUAUUAUCUGAUCGUAUCUUUGAAAGUUUGCCUCAAGAAGAACAAAAACUUUGGCAUUCUCAUGCACACGAGAUAAAAUCAGGACUUUGGGUGAAUCCAAGAGUUCCAGAAAUGGUAAUAAUGUCUGAAUUGGAGAAUCUUACCAAAACCUAUGGCAAAUUCUGGUGUACGUGGCAGACAGAUAGAGGUGACAAGUUACCAAUUGGGCCUCCAUCACUAAUGAUGUCUCCACAACCAGUAGAUUUGGGCAUUGUGAAAAUAGGUCUAGUCAAGAAGAGAGAUGACAAGUACAACAUAUCGACGGACGCCAUGAAAACAGCUCGGGCUGAUUUAUCUGAGCCCACGCGUCUCAAUUCGAGGGCGGAUUAUUGGGUGGAGCACCGUAAGGGUUUUGCGAUCGAUGUUGAGGAUGUUGAGAUGAAGAAGAUAGCACCAUUUCCAUGA